AGUGAGUCACCAUGUGGGUCGCUCCGUGUCAAAGUCCGCAUAUUUUCCCAGCACGCUGCGCCAUUGGCGGACAACAAAAGCAAAGCGAACAACAAGCUCCGUCGCAGAAGAGCGCGACAUGUUCGCCAAGGUUAUCACCAGCUUCGGCUUGCGGACCCGCUGCUGGAUCCAUGUGAAGACGCGGCCGGCGGCCGAAGUGACGAGCCUGGCGGUCGAACCUCGGCAGCCUGCGCGCCGCCCCGCAUCGUCCACCUGCACCGGCGCUGUGUCGGACGACGUCGGCCGGGUGAAAAGCAUGGACGAGCUGGGCGGGCCGAGCUUCCUCAGCACGCUCAACUGGCUCUUCGUCAAGGGAUACUUCAAAACCACGCAGCAGAUGCAAAUCGAGCACAAGAAGCUGUACGGACCCCUGUGGAAAUCCACCUACGGCCCCCUGGUAGUCGUCAACGUGGCCAGCGCCGAGCUCAUCGAACAGGUUCUGCGCCAGGAGGGUCGGCACCCGGUCCGUUCCGACAUGCCGCACUGGAGGCACUACCGAGAGGUGCGCAACCAAGCCCACGGGCCCCUCACCGAGAUUGGGGCCAAUUGGCUGCGUAUCCGCAGCAUCCUGAAUCCUCGCAUGCUGAAGCCAAAGCACGUUGUCUCCUACGCCGACACCAUCAACCCGGUGGUGGCCGACUUUGUGGAACGACUCUGCUGGUUGCGCCUCAACAACAACAAUGGCGUCACCGACCUGGUGCCCGACGUGACUGAAGAACUUUACAGGUUUGCUUUUGAAGGCAUCUGCUCGGUGCUGUUCGAGACGCGUCUGGGCUGCCUGGAGCAGGACAUACCCGUGGAGACGCAAAAGUUCAUCCACUCGGUGGGGGAAAUGUUCCGGCUGUCUUCUAUCGUCAUCCUCUUCCCAAAGCGCUACUGGCCCUACCUGCCCUUCUGGAAAAACUUUGCGGCCACCUGGGACCACCUCUUCAAAUUUUCGGAAGAGCUAGUACAGAAGAAGCUGGAGGAGCUGGGGAAGAAGGAGCAGGUGGAUGGUGACAUGGAGGGCGCCUAUCUGACUCACCUGCUUCUCAGCCAGAAAAUGAACGUCACCGAGAUCCUGGGAAGCGUCACCGAACUCCUGCUGGCGGGAGUCGACACGACAUCCAACACCAUUUCGUGGGCUCUGUACCAUCUGGCUAAGGAGCCUGGCAUCCAGGACCAACUCCACCAGGAAGUGUCGACUGUUUGUCCCGCCUCACGCGGAAUGCCCACCGCCGAAGAUAUCACCCGAAUGCCCUACCUGAAGGCUGUCGUUAGGGAGACGCUGCGGCUUUACCCCGUCGUACCGGGAAACGCUCGCCUCACUGUGGAAAACGAGAUUGUGGUGGGAGAUCAUCUAUUUCCUAAAAGGACUCUGUUCCACCUGUGCCACUACGCCGUCUCCCACGACGACAGCGUUUUUCCCGAGCCGCAUCGCUUUCUGCCGCAACGAUGGCUGCGGCAGGAGAACACCAAGCAGCAGCAACACCCGUUCGGAUCGGUGCCUUUCGGGUUCGGGAUCCGGGCUUGCCUGGGUCGUCGGGUGGCCGAGCUUGAGAUGUACCUGCUGCUGUCCACGCUAAUCGCUCGUUUUGAGGUGAGGCCUGACCCCAGCAGCACCGGACCCGUCAAACCUAUCACCAGGACUCUGCUGUGCCCGGCCGCGCCCAUCAACCUCAUCUUCAAGGACAGACAAGUGUGAUGGGCAAGGCUUGGUUCAGAAAACAAACAAACACUUUUUGUGUGACACUUUUAAUUAAGGCAUUGCCUACAUUGGACUUCAACUAAUAACAUGAUUGAUUUUACUCUAAAAUUAACAAUUUUAUUUUAGCGAGACGUUUGCACUGGUAAGAAAGAGAGUUUUUGUUUGUGUGUGUGUGUCUGUGUGUGUCAGUGUGUGUAUGUGUGUCUGUGUGUGUGUGUUCGCGCGUGCUACAAAACCUUUAUUGUUGAUAUGGUUUUAUUAUGCAUUUAAGCAACAAAAUGUAUUAACGUACUGUGAUGUUGUACAUUGGUUGAAAGAAAAAAAAAAAGACAUGCACAUA